UAUCGUGUUGCUCUUAAAUUCCUAAUUUUCUCUCCUGUCUUCAAUGGCAUCUCCAAAACUCACUAAAUACGAACGCAUGCGACUCGAAAACAUUCGCAUCAACAAGGAAAUGAUGGCCACACUCAAUGUCCAAUCUAAACACUUUGAACUCUAUACCAAUCCUGCUGCUGUGUCAAGUAGAGGUUCAAAGAGAGGUGGGAGGUCCAUAACCUCUCGAGGUCGAUGCCCAUCUAGUAGAGGGAAGAAUGUUUUACAAGAUGCAUCUCCAUUGUUGCCAAACUCAUCACUAAUCCCAACUCCAACACCAGACCAUACGCAAACACCAACCCCAUCACCUACAACUUCAUCCCCAACACCAACCCCAUUACCUACAACAACUUCGACCCCUACACCAACCACAACAUCAAUCCUAAUCUCAUCCCCAACCCAGUUGCCAACAACACCAACCCCAACACCAUUACCAUCACAUAUACCUCAAAGUUUGGAACAAACUCAACAACAAACUCAAUCAUCUGAUAUUGAAUCUCAAGAUGAUCAUGUUGAUCAAGAAUGCCUUCCAGAGAUCAUGCCUUAUGGAAAUGAAUUUAAUCCAUCUUCUGCUGUUCGUUUCUUGACUGCUGCCAUUAAGAGCAAAUUUGAUUGGUAUUGUCCUACAUGGGGAAAAUCAACAAAGGACAUGAGAGAUUUAUGGUUUAAUGAAUUUAAGAAGUAUUGUACAUGGGAACCUAAAUAUGAGGCAAGGAUUUGUCAAAUUUUUGAUAUUAAGGGAGAUGCUCGAUUUAGGGGUAUUAUGUAUCAGGAGAGGUUUAAUUAUGUCAAAGACCCAAAUUACAAACCAAAAUACAUGUCUUUGCCAAUCUGGAAUCAAUUGAAACAUUAUUGGGCUACAGAUAAAAAAUAUAAGAAUUUGUCAGUGGCAAAUACUAUAAAUCGUGCUUCAAAUGAAGGUAGUUCUAUGCAUACAGGCGGUUCUAUAUCUAUGGGUGAGCAUGCACGUAGAAUGGAGGAAGCUACUGGAAUCAAACCUACAUUUGAGGAGAUGUUUGCUAAGUGUCACAUGAAACAGAACAAGUCUUGGGUUGAUAAUAGAGCUAAGAAUGCAUUUGAAGGGUUUAAAAAGAGAAAAACUGAGCUCUCUGAAUUAUCAUUGACUCAAAAUGAGAAUGGUGAGGGAUUGUCUCAUGAAAGCCAGCUUAUGCCCGAUGAAAUGACGAUUUGGAAGGAAGUAGUUCAUAGAGGUAAAAAAGGGAAAUUAUAUGGCCUUGGAUCUCUAGGAUCAAAUAUCUCUUCAAAGCCUUGUACUAGCUCAUUCUCAUUUGCAUCCAAAGAAACAAAUCUAGAACAAGAAUUGGUUAAGUGGCAGGAAAAGGUAAAAGAACAAGAACUUGAGAAUCUACAGCAAAAAAGUAAGUUAGAAGCGCAACAAAAAAGAAUUGAAUCAACUGAAAGCAUGCUUGUUACUUUAUUUGGAAAACUCAACAUGCCACUACUUCAAAUUUUGCAAGUGGAGCUCCCAUAG